CCCCUCCCUGAUGCGGCUGCUGUGGGCGCCCCGCGACCCUUGGGGUCCAUCCCUUCCCCCUCCUGGCCCGGCUCCGGGCCUCCGGGCAGCGGCACGGGGACUGGAGUGCUCGGACGCGGCGCUCGCCAUUCUCCCCGCCGCCGGCCCUCGGGAGCCCAGGAUGGGCUGCGUUCUCCGGUGGCACAGCUACUCCCUCUGUCCAGACAGAAGUCGCUUCGCGGCAGGUUCAUGGUGGCUUCCAAGUUCUGUGUUUAAGAUAGAAGUGCUAAUGAAUGGAAGAAAACAUUUUGUUGAAAAAAGGUACAGCGAAUUUCAUGCCUUGCACAAAAAGCUUAAGAAAUGUAUAAAAACUCCAGAAAUCCCUUCUAAACAUGUCAGAAACUGGGUCCCAAAAGUUUUGGAACAGCGACGGCAAGGUUUGGAAACAUAUUUACAGGCUGUCAUUUUAGAAAAUGAAGAACUUCCCAAACUCUUUCUUGAUUUCCUAAAUGUGAGACACUUGCCCUCUCUACCAAAGGCAGAAAGUUGUGGAUCUUUUGAUGAGACAGAAUCUGAAGAGUCAAGCAAACUGUCCCACCAGCCGGUGCUGCUGUUCCUCAGGGAUCCAUACGUCUUGCCUGCAGCCAGCGAUUUUCCAAAUGUGGUUAUUGAAGGAGUUCUCCAUGGGAUAUUUUACCCUCAUCUGCAGCCCAGGUAGAAAUCCUACUUGGCUCAAAGAAGCUGAAGCAAGUUUUCAAAGUCAUAGUCAAGGAAAUCGAUAUCUACCAAAUUAACCUAAACUCUAUGGCAUAACAGCUCUAGCUAGUGGUAAAAUCCACAGUCCCAGCUUAAUUCAGGGCAGGGACGUUUCCAUUAGAAUGGUGCUUUUAAAAAUAGAAACUGUACCAGGGUGGUGGUCAGGUUAAGGCUGAGUGUUUAAGAAGUAGAAGUAGCUGCCAACUUAAAAACCCAUCAAAGGAGGUCACGGUAGAUUGCUGGGAGCACAGAGUGUCGCCGAAGUUACUCUCUGCUUCAGUCGCACCAUUUACUAAUUGAACAUCAUAUCCUGAAUCAUCCUGAGACUGAUCAGCUUUGGUGGAUUUUUGUUCAGAUCUCAUGACACACUAAUCUUUUCACCCUGCAAUUUUCUUGGCCGGUGAUUGUACAUUCGGAAGUGCUGGCACCAGAAGAACGUCACAGAUACACACUGUGCUGUGAGGAAGGAACCAAACUGGAAAUUAAAUUUUAUUGACAGUAUUAUGACAUUUAAAAAUCAUGGCAUUUUAAUUUAUACUACAGUGGAGUUAUAUCCCGUCCCAGAAGUGAACUUCUAACAGCAGUGCCUAAGAGGAAAUGGCGGGUUAGGACUACCCUUGAAAGCCCUUUAAAAAGGUACCAUAUUGGAAGUCUGUACACCCACCCUAUCAAGUCUCUUCUCCAGUGUUGGAAGAUAAGAAUGUUCCUUUGAAGACCAAAUUUCAUUGAUGGUGGUGGUUUGGGGGCAAUUGUGUUAUAAAAAGCACAUUCUUUUAAACACUAGAACCACACUGAGCCCUACAAGAUGCUUGCUGGGUAAGAGACAGAUGACUGAAGCAAGAGCAGUACUGGUCCAGGUUCACUUGGGGGGCGUGCAUUCAAGUUAGUGGCAUUGUCACAGGGCUUCUUGUUAUUUUCCUUGCGGGUUCCUCUUCGCUGACCUCAUGUAGUCAGUUAAAUGUGUUUCUGAUGUAACUCCACUGUAUGUCGAACAUUCAUAUUUUGAGUAGCAAAGGAUAGAAGCAUAUAUGCUACCUGUAUGUGUGUGCUGUACAUGGGCAUUCAUCAAAAACUAAUAGCUAGCCUAUUGUGGUUAUUAGCUUUAAUAAAUUUCUGUGUGAGAGAAAAAUAUUCAAGAUUGAAACUAAUAACUACAUCAUGGUGUUUGAUUAGGAUCUAAAUAUGUAAGUUUAAAGCCUACUGCAAACUUAAAAAUGUUUUGUGGUAAAUUAUGUCAUUACAUGUUGGAAAUAAGCAAAAACUAAGUAAUCACGUGUCAUCAACCAAAAAUAACUGAAUUGUCAAGUAUUGGAUUUAUUUUUUAAAUGUUUUUAUGUUACUAGCUAUUUUGAGUUAAAUAAAAACAAAGAAUAAGAAAUAUUCUAAUUUA